GGUCAGGGAGCCUCCGUCCCCUCCGUCUCCGGCUCUCGCCAUUAUCGCACUCCCAGAUGGGAGCAAACACCGAAACGGGCCAAGGGGACAUGAGAGAACAUACGAUGUGAGAUUCCCCAGGCGCAGCAUUCUGGUCUGAAUCGAUCAGCCGGAUCCCCUGUGAAAAUUCCCACCCCUACCGUUGGUCCAUCGAGGCCAUCUGAUUGAACAGGAAGGUGGGAGGCGAGACGGGCGGCAUCUCCGGAUGGCGCCGGCGUCCUCCUCGCCUGCCGGCGUCGCCUGUUUCGUCGUGCUCCUGGUACUCGCCGGCGCCUCCGUUUCGCACGGUUCAUUUCAGGGCAGGAGCGUUUUGUCAGAUGAACAAGGCAGGGGGAUACUGGCUCUAUGGAGGAGAUCGCUUGCCGACGCUGCUACUCCAGCGAACAAUUCCCUCGUCUUGGCCGCGGCGAGGACUCACCGGAGCGACCCCUUCGCCAACCUCACCGCGUACACCGGCGGCUGGAACAUCAGCGACCAGCACUACUGGGGUUCCGUGGCGUACACCGCGGUUCCCCUCUUCGUCAUCGCCGUGCUGUGGUUCAUCGGCUUCGGCGCCGUGCUUCUCAUCAUCUCCUGCUGCUGCUGCUGCUUCUGCCGGAACAAGGACAACGCCUACUCGCCGUGCUGCUACUUCACCUCCCUGGCGCUUCUCAUCAUCCUCACCCUGGCAACAAUCUCCGGGUGUGUGCUCUUGCACUGCGGUAGUGACCUGUUCCACCACAGCACGAUCAAGACCGUCGACUACGUCGUCGGGCAGGGCAACCUGACGGCGAACAACCUGAGGAACUUCGCCGGAAGCUUGGCGGCGGCGAAGAGCAUCACCAUCGACCAGAUCUUCCUCCCAGCCGACGUCCAGCAGAAGAUCGACGUCGUCGAGGAGAAGCUCAACUCCUCGGCGAACGAGUUCUCCACUCGGAUGCUGGAGAACUCCAGGAAGAUCAAGAAUGUGGUGAACCACAUGGAGCACGAGUUGAUGGCUACUGCAGCUGUAAUGGGUGGCCUUGCGUUACUCGGAUUCCUGUUCUCCAUACUGGGGUUGCGGUUCUUUGUCUCCAUAAUGGUGAUCCUGGCAUGGUUCAAUCUUACCGUCACCCUCAUGAGCUCCGGUGUCUUCCUGCUCUUGCACAACGUGGUGGGGGACACGUGCGUGGCGAUGGACGAGUGGGUGACCCACCCGCAGGCGCACACGGCGCUGGACGACAUCCUCCCGUGCGUGGACGUGGCGACGGCGAACUUGUCGCUGUACCGGAGCCAGGAGGUGACGGCGCAGCUGGUGGCGCUCGUGAACAACGUCGUCGUGAACAUCUCCAACCGGGACUUCCCGCCGGGGCUCAAGCCGCUCUACUUCAACCAGUCGGGGCCCCUCAUGCCCGUGCUCUGCAACCCCUUCAACCCGGACAUGAGCCCGCGCGCGUGCGCGCCCGGCGAGGUCGACUUCGAGAGCGCGGCGCUGGAGUGGAAGCGGUUCGAGUGCGCCACGGCGGGGCCGCCGGGGUCGGAGGUGUGCGCGACGCCGGGGCGCGUGACGCCGGCGGCGUACGGCCAGAUGACGGCGGCGGCGAGCGUCAGCCGGGGGCUGUACGAGUACGGCCCGUUCCUGGUGCAGCUGCAGGACUGCUCCUUUGUGCGGGAGACGUUCACGGCCAUCAGCGACAACAACUGCCCCGGGCUCGAGCGCUACAGCCGGCACGUCUACGUCGGCCUGAUCAUCAUCUCCGGCGCCGUCAUGCUCUCCGUCGUCUUCUGGAUGGUGCACACGCGGCAGCGACGGCGGCGCGCCAUGUCCAAGCAGCUGUGACUGUGAGAUUGUGGCUCUGAUUGAGCUGUACAAUUGGUAUUUGUGCAUAUGAAAGUGAAGGCGAAAGAUGACGCAUGGUUGCUCUUUCUUGGGUAAUUCUGCGAGUGGUAUCAUGGCUAUGCCAAUACCUUCGCCAUCGACGCGUGGGGAAGGAACAAACGUGGGCUGUUCAGGGUUGGGAGUUGGGACGCCCGUGAGCUGGAGACCUCAAAGGCUAUGCGCAGUGAGGACUGAGGACUGGGACAAACAAUCAAGGACCCAUGGGACUCUGUUUUGAUUAUAUCUAGGAAUAGCCUAAUCAUUGGGUCAUUUAACUUACUGAUGAUAAUAACGA